AUGAACGCAGGUCACUUGGAAGGAGUGUCACCUGCGCGGGUUCAGGCACUAUCGGCGCAUGUGCCCGUUACCACAUUCAAACGAUACUUGAAGAAUCCAGUACCUCCAGACAUCAAUACACCCGAUGUCUUUGGUGCAACGGUUCCAGUACUCAUCGUCAAGUUUUAUUCCUUGUUUCCCGAUCAUCUGCAUUCAAACUAUCACUCUUUUGUCGAAGAUUCAUUUAAAAUCAUUUUGGAAGAGGGUGGAGAUAUAUUACAGAUUAUCAAUGGAGAGGAAAUAGUAUCGGUAUGGAGAGAAACAGGUGAAGAGUCGUCAACAUUGACAAGAAGAGCUAUGAAAUGUGCUCAACGAUUAAGAAAUCAAUUGAAUCAAAAAUUAUAUGUCAAUAAUGGUAAUAAUAAUAACGGUAACAAUAACAAUAACAAUAAUAAUAAUGGUGCAACCAAUACAUGUAAUGGAUGUAAUGGUGCACCAUCACCUUCUUCGUCAUCAUUGAAUUUAUCAUCAAGUAUCAAUGGUGGUACAAGUUCGAUUAAUAUCAACAAUACAAAUGGUCAAAAUAACAAUUCACAUCACCAUCAUCAUAAUGGAUCGAUAUCUCCAUCAACUCCAAUCAUUAUCAAUAAUAAUAAUAAUAAUAAUAAUAAUAAUAAUAAUAAUAAUCCUUCAUCAUCAAACAAUAAUAAUAAUAGUGGUGGAUGGUCAAAUAGUUUCAAUGCCGGAACGAGUCAUGCCAGCAGUCUUCACGGUAACCUGUCGGUCAACAACAACAAUAAUAAUCAAAAUAUAUCACUUAGUCAAUCAGGUGGUUACACAUUCUCGUCAUCACCUUCACUCCAUCCAUUAAAUGCAAAUGGAGUUGGAUAUAAUACAAAUUUUCAAAUAUUAUUACCAAGUUAUAAUAUUAAUAUUAAUAAUAAUGGGAAUGGAAAUGGAAAUGGAAAUGGAAAUAGUAAUAGUAAUAAUAAUAAUAAUAAUAAUGUAAAUAAUUCACAAAUUAAUUCAGAUCCAGUUUAUAAUAUAUUUAUUGGGUGUGGAGAGAUUAUGAUGGGAUCGAUUGGUGGUGAGAACCAAAGUUGGAUAUCAUUGCUUGGUGGCCAAGGUCUUGUCCAAACCAACCGAUUGAUUCGACUAUACGAUGAAAAUAAACAACAAAAUGUAAACAAUAACAACAAUCAAUCAAGUAAUAAUAAUAAUAAUACCAAUGGUAAUAAUAGUAAUAGUAAUAGUGGGAGUUCUCUUAGUGUCAAUAAUAACAAUAGUAAUAAUAAUAUUAAUAAUAAUAAUAAUACAAAUAAUUCAUAUAGUAAUACACCACCAUUAUUUGGAAUUUCUGGGACUACUACAGCGACAGGUGCUCCGAUUACACCAUUAUUACAACCACGUAAAAUAUCCAUUUCACCUUCAUCUUCACCUAACCUAAUGUUUACUACUAGUCAACAACAACAGCUGCAACAACAACAACAACAACAACAAUUGAAUCAAAUAUCCAACCCAUUUGGUCAGAUAUUAAUAACAUACGAAGCAUGGCUUUUAAUUAAACUCUAUGCCCAAUGCGACCAAAUUUCAAUCUUUCAACACCAAGACCUUAUACAUUACGCAUUCAACUGGCUGUCUACCCUGCACCGCCAGACCACCUCCAAGCGCGGUGAUGCAGACUCACCAGGCGGCGGCGGAGGACCAAGCAUGUCACCCAUCAAACCACAUCUGUUUGGACUACACCCCAUCGAAGAAGAGGACCGCUGCAGCGACCAUGACAGCGAUCUCCUCUAUGAUGACGACGAUAUCCCCGAUGAGUUACCUCAAGAUCCCCGUAUACCACCUACUCCCCAAGUCCCAUUUACCAACAACAACAUCAACAACAAUGGUGGUGGUAUUGGUGCUUCGGCAGUAGUAUUAGAAGAAGAGAAUGUAUUGUUUGAAGGUGGAUGGAUUCUGUGCGAUGACUCGACCAAGAAAGAAUGUGAAAAGGCGAUUACUUUUGACACUGUGUCUUAUGACAUACAGUUUCCAUUUACUCUACUCAACCAACCGACACCAAUGAUGACACAGAGUACCAGCAACAAUAACAUGUUGUCGGCAUCAUCUCAAAGUGUCGGGUCAUUGUCGAGUAGUGGUGCACGUGACCAUCUCAAAACUUCACAAGACUAUAACUCCAAGCGUCUCAGUACGCAUAGUCGCCAAGCAGAUCUUUCACCACAGGCAUUAUGCGGUCUUGAAGCAUCGGCAAUCAACCGUACACCACAAUUGUUUGUAGGUGGUGAACAAUGUCUUGUUCCCAAUACCCCCAACACCAACAAUGAUAUUGAGCCUAUUUCAGUCACCUUUUCAUACCAAAAUCAAGAUGGCAAGUCACCACUCGACUCUGACUCUGUCUUGUUGCUCCCACCACAUCCACUCUAUCAACACAACAACAACAACAAUAGUAAUAGUAAGGUCGGGUCGACACCCCCAACAUGGACCAAAUGUGUUGCCACCAUGGUCACCUAUCGACCCACCAGUAUUGCCCAUAUUGCAACCACCAAAGAUCACGAUCAUCUCAAUCGAAUGAACAAGCAACAACACAAAAUGCACGGUCGUAAAAAGGAGCUGUCUACCCUCCUCUCUUCCUACGACCGACUCACCGAACGAUUAGAAUCAUCAUUCAUCAUGAUAGAGUCGGAUGUCGGUGUUGGCAAAUCAACUCUUGUCACGGAACUCUACAAACAAUGUGUUUCAAAAGGUGCAAUGGUUUUAUGUGGUAGUUGUAGUGUUUUAGAAAAAACUAGAGCCUAUAAUGUUUUAAAUGAAUUUUCAUUGGGAGAAACAAGAUUUAAAGGUGGAGAUAAAUCAUAUAAAACAUUGAGUUGGACAAGAUACAAACAUUUACAAUCAAUGCCAACCGAACAUAUUAGACAGUAUAUAUUCCAGAAAUUCACAGACCAUCGUCCUGAAAUUCUACCUCUACUGUCAUUGCUGAAUCCAGUGCUUCGAAUAGACUUCCCAUCCAACGAAGUGGUGAAUCAAUUCAUGUCGUCGGCCAAUGUGUUGAUGGAGAGGACGUUCGAGUUACUCGCAUACUUUUUGCGUCUGACAGCCAGUCGAAACAGACUGGUCAUUAUCAUGGAAGACAUUCAUUAUAUGGAUCCAGUGUCUUGGGCCUUUUUGGUGCAGGUUUGUUUUAAUAUCCGUCCAUUAAUGAUCGUUGCAACCACUCAAUCAUCAUCGAGUGGUCAAGAACGACCAAAAGAAUUACAAAGAAUCAUCAAAGCGUUUCCACCAAAAUGUCAAGUUGAUAAUACUCCAUUAUCUUUAGAUAAACCAUUUAUUGAUUUAGAUCAAAAUAAUAAUAAUCAACAACAACAACAACAACAACAACAACAACAACAACAACAACAGUAUCAACAACAGUAUCAACAACAACAACAAUCACAAUUACCACAACAAAGAGAUGCAAUGUCAUUAGAAUAUUAUGAAAUGAAAUUGGAACCAUUGUCAGCACAUGGAACCAAGGAAUUGGUAAAGAGUGUGCUGAGAGUAAAGGAUGUAUCAAAGUUUGUGUCAGAACUUAUUUACAGUAAAUCCGAGGGUAACCCAUACGUAUGUUUAGAGUUGACCAAACAUUUACGUGAACGAGAUUAUGUGCUGUUGCUAAAGGAACGGUGUUAUGUACACCCGUCACAGUUGUUGCGUGGGUUCCCUUCAAUUCCCGAUCAACUAGAGACAUACUAUCUCAACAAGGUCAACACGCUCUCAAGCACAUUCAACAUGAUUCUCAAGGUUGCUAGUGUACUUGGUAGUACUGCAUUCCCGUAUCCCUUGGUACUGCUACUCUACCCAAUCACCUCUAAACGUCCCUAUCUCAAAGAUAUUCUUCAACAACUAGUUGAUAUGGGGUAUCUCGAAGUUCAUCACCGCGACGUCACUCAAAACAUGGGUCUCAAUACCGAUGGUUGUGGUAACCCUCCUCAAAUGUCGUCUGGUCGUUCAGUUGUCUACUUUCCACCACCUGGAUUGUUGGAUGACCAAGGUCCAUCUUCUUCAUCAUCUAGUUCACUUCACGUUCCAUCGGGGAGUGGUGGUGGGUCGAGCAACUCUGGAGUUCCAGUACACAGCGCACCACAGCCAAAAUACAGCUACAAGCAGGCUGCCCCGUCACGCAAGGUGAACGACACACAGGCAAAGAGUUUUACCAAUGCCAACAUUCACGAUUUAUUUGGUAAUUCAUCAUCUCAACGAUCAAAUGCCAAAGAAGCUUUAGAUAGAAUGUCACAACGUAAUCAAAAUGGUGGUAGCGGUGGUGGUGUGUCGUCAACAACAACUCCAGACAGUCAAGGAGACACAUUAUUGUUUACAAAAAACAAAGUUCCAAAACUUGUAAACAAUGAAGUUGAACAUCAAUUCAAAAACAAGUCACCUCAACAACAACAUAUGAAUAAUAAUAAUAAUAAUAAUAAUGGUGGUUCAAGCAACUUACAAUCUAGUGCAACAGCAUACUCUAAUAUUUUCGAUGAUGAAUGGAAUUAUUAUUAUGGAUUUAGAUCACAGUUGUUGCAAGAGUCUAUUUACAACUCUUUGUUGUUGACACAGCGACAAUCGUUGCAUCUCAAGAUUGCAAAGUGGAUCGAGGAAAACUACACGAGCAACGAUAUUCCGACAUACAAUGCUAUUUUGUCGGACCAUUGGUGCAAGACGGAUCUGUCGGUCGCCGACAAUCUCAACAAGGCGAUGCGAUACUCGUUCGAGUCGGGCGAGCAGGCACUGCUCAAGUGUCAGUACAUGGAGACACUAAAAUACCACGGAGAGUACAUCAACCUGUUUAAGCAGCUCAAGAAUGUACAGCAUAUUUCAGUGCCCGUGUUUCGUCCAACCACCAAACCACAACACCAACAACAGUUUAACAACAGUCAUAACAACGACCCGUACUAUGACGGCUACAAUAUCUAUAAUAAUGUUGGACCUCCUUCGGGUGCUGGUGGCACGUUGCAUGGCCACCACUCGCCGAGUGCUGUCUAUGAGAGCAUUCAAAUGUCCAAUGAGGAGCGGUUGCGUCUGGCCGUCUCCAUCAAGCGACUGGGUGAGGCGCAUGUCGGUAUGGGGUUCUAUGGACAGGCCGAGCCAUACUUUAUCGACGCACUCAUCAUCCUCAAAGAGUCACCACCACGUCCGUCCAAUACACUCGUCCUCUCCCUGUUGUCGCAAUACACCAAGCAGAAGUGUGCAGAUAGUCGAGCCGCACCACUCGGCGACCCACUGGAUCGUCGGCCCGCUGGUCGCGAUCAACUACUGUCGGUUGGCAGUUGUCGCGUCGCUGUUUCCUCUUUGCGGUGCCGUGUCUGUGUCGCUGGCCAAGCAGGCGUCCAAGAUUGUCGAGGACCUGCUUGA